GUGGAGAGCGACUUCUAGUUGUUGCCGGCAUCGCUAACAAUACGCACAUAGCACAAAAUAAAUCUACGAAUACGAACUGUCGUCGUCCUCGUCUAUUUAGAAGAAAUCGUAUACUUCAAUAUAUUAAUCGUCCGCGAGUCUAUUUAGUAUUAACAUUCAGUAUGGUUCAAGAAAAAUUCAACAACAAGCAAAUGCUGCUGCUGACUCUGCUUCUGGUCGCGUGCCUGUCAGCCGUCAGCGUCAGCUGUAGACCUUCAUCCGUGGAAGCUGAGAAAACACUGUCCGUUGAUCCCAGUGAAUAUCCCGGCAAUCUUCCCGAGGAGACCAUACGCAAGGUGCAACAGUGUGAGAUUAAUCAGACCACAAUGGAGCUGUGCAUGCGAUGCGCAAAAGUCACAAGGUCUGAGAUCAUUUAUCCUAUGUGCUGCAAUAAUGAUGAUAGCGUCAAGGAUUGGUGCUAUGACUAUGUCUAUUAUGGCAAUAGCAAUUAGUACAAUAAAUCCAGUGCUUGUGAUUUUGAACUAGGAUACUUAUGUACUUGCCAAAUUCUAUUAACAUUCCUUGCAUCCUGAAUGCACUGUGGAUCGAUUGGCUGUGAUACUAAAGGCAAUAUUAUUAUAUCAAUUUUACAUAUACAAUAAUCAUACAUCUAGUUUGUAAUAAAUUAAUCUUUGCCCUGAGAGUUACAUUAGAAUAUUGAUAAAAAAAACAUCAACUCUCAAUCUUUAAAAA